AGGUUUUUUCUACUGUUUCUUGUUUUGUGAAAUGGGUGAAGCUCCUACCUACCUGCUUUGAACAGCCAGUCUCUUUCUCUCUCACACACACACAUAUGCUCCAUGUUGCACUUCCCACUCCAUCUAGCCGCCCUGUCUCAUUCCUGAUCCAAGCUGCUUUGAGCUCAGAGGACUCCGAUCAUCCCUCGCUAGUGGAUUUUCCUUACUGACCGUCUCCAAGAGCUUUCCCCCCCCCGUUACCAUUUUCACCUGUUGAGAGAAUACGAAUCAUAAUGAAGGUUCUGGGACAUAAGAUAGAAUUAUUAACAGGGCUGCUGCUGCAGGAAGUGACCAUGGCAGGGCUGCACGAGCUGCGAUUCACCGAGGAGAAGCCACUGCUGCGAGGCCAGGAUACCGAGCUUGAGCAUUCGGAUACGUUCCUUUCUGCCGUGGACACAGACUGGAAGGAGCAUGAUAUCGAGACCCCAUACGGGCUGCUGCAUGUGGUCAUUCGGGGGUCCCCAAAGGGAAAUCGCCCAGCCAUCCUGACCUACCAUGAUGUUGGACUCAACCACAAGCUGUGCUUCAACACCUUCUUCAACUUCGAGGACAUGCAGGAGAUCACCAAGCACUUCGUGGUGUGUCACGUGGAUGCACCAGGGCAGCAGGCUGGAGCAUCGCAGUUCCCGCAGGGAUACCAGUUUCCAUCCAUGGACCAGUUGGCUGCCAUGCUCCCUAGUGUGGUCCAGCAUUUCGGGUUCAAGUACGUGAUCGGAAUCGGCGUGGGAGCAGGAGCCUAUGUCCUGGCCAAGUUUGCUCUGAUCUUCCCAGAUCUGGUGGAAGGGCUUGUCCUGAUGAACAUUGACCCCAACGGCAAAGGCUGGAUUGACUGGGCAGCCACCAAGCUUUCUGGCCUGACCAGCUCUUUGCCUGACACCGUGUUAUCUCACUUGUUCAGCCAGGAAGAGCUGGUGAGCAACACGGAGCUGGUGCAGAGCUAUCGGCAGCAGAUCGGGAGUGUGGUGAACCAAUACAACUUGCAGCUGUUCUGGAACAUGUACAAUAGCCGCAGAGACCUGGACAUUAACCGGCCUGGGACUGUCCCCAAUGCGAAAACGCUUCGCUGCCCCGUCAUGCUGGUGGUGGGGGACAACGCGCCUGCCGAAGAUGGGGUGGUGGAGUGUAACUCCAAGCUGGAUCCAAUCAACACUACGUUCUUGAAGAUGGCCGACUCUGGGGGGCUCCCACAAGUCACACAGCCUGGAAAACUGACCGAAGCCUUUAAGUACUUCCUGCAAGGGAUGGGUUACAUUGCGUACUUGAAGGAUCGGAGGCUGAGUGGAGGAGCAGUGCCCUCGGCCAGCAUGACCCGGCUGGCCCGCUCCCGCACUGCCUCCCUCACCAGCGCCAGCUCGGUGGAUGGCAGCCGCCCCCGGGCCUGCACCCACUCGGAAAGCAGCGAGGCCAUGGGGCAGAUCAACCACACCAUGGAGGUAUCGUGCUGAGGAUUUUGGUCCCUCCGCCGUCUCCUCCUCCUCCUCCUCUUCCUCCUCCACCGGAGACAUUUAGCAUCGUUCUGCAUCGAGUCACCAUCCAAACGGCCAUCCUGUUUGGCUCCCAGCAGUUACCGUGUUGGAGUUUCUUCUUCUUUCUCGUCGGGUUUUUCCCCCCCCUUUUAAUAUUACAUAAAACCGGGGAAAGGGGAAGCACCAUUGUAAGACCGACGGUUCAGUCCACCUCUAGCUAUAGCUGCAACUUUGAAUUAGUGACGUUAUCCUGUUGUCAGUCAAGCAGUAACAAAUCUCUUCACCGGUCAGGUCCGUAGGGUUCUUCCGUGCAGUUGGUUGGGAGAGGCUCCUGAGCUGAGCUCUUGGCAGAGGCAAUGGGUGUUGGCUUCGCCCAGCCACUUAUGUAGCUUGUUAGCCAAAGGCUUAGUUUCCUAAGGUCACCGGUGAGAAGUGUCAGUGAAUUGGCCAGCGGCAGGAAAGCUCAAGCAAGCACGUAAUCCCGUAGGUGUCCAUGGUCUCCGAAAGGCUCAUCACAAUUCUUUCACAUGCGGUGGGGUGUUCAUAACAAUCUGGGUUGGUUUGUUUAAAUAAACUGCUAAGGGUUAAAUGUAGCAUGGCCCCCCCUUCCAGUGAUCACCACCACCGUUUUUUUUUCUCCGAUUGACCUGUCCCUGGGAGAAUUGAACCUAGGAUCCCAAGAGCUAAAAGCAUGAGUCCCUACCACUUGAGCUAAAAAGACCCCCUCAAUUAGCCAUAGUACACUCCCAAACUGCUAUACAUGGUUCAGCCACUAG